AUGAAGGGAUACCUUUUGUUCACCAUUCUUGUUCUGCUAGCCAUCGGUAGCGAAUUGGCUUUUGGUGAUUGCCUGUCUGGGAGAUACAAGGGGCCCUGUGCAGUUUGGGACAACGAGACGUGCCGUAGGGUCUGCAAGGAGGAAGGUAGGGGCCGUGUCAGUGGUCAUUGCAGUUCCAGACUUCAGUGUUGGUGUGAAGGAUGCUGA